AUGGCAGCGUUGAGACUAUCGGUGCGCAUGAUGUGCCAUGGGAGCGGUCAGAGUUGUGAAGACGACUGCCUCUUCGCGACACGGUUGGCAGAUCGCGCGCCUGCCUGUCGAGAGGAGAUGGAGCAACGUUGUGUGGCUGUUCUGUCGCCAUACUGUGGAGCCACCGCCGGCCCAACACUCGCUGUGUGGUUGCGCCCUCACUCGCCGGGGCUCUCUCGGUGUCCCCCUGGUUGCUCUGCUGCUCUGUGCAAGCGCAUGGUCGGUCUAUCCAGAGUGGGCCGUGCCGCUCGUUGCACCGUGCGUCAGGACUGA